CGUACUCGCCCACACGGCUCGCUCGACAUGGGCUACGGUCUCCGGAUCCACGUCCUGCCCACCCUCACUUACAAGCACACCCACCCCAUCACCACAACACCCCAUGCUUGUGCAACAGAAGCACAACAACACCAUCCAGGAACGCCAGGUUCCACGUCCGAGGAAACACAGACACAUACGAAGUACUCUCCGCCUCUCUCGCCAGCACUAAGACACCCACACCCCUUCCCCCCAGAGAUCAAAUGCCGCGGGUGGGUAACCUGUUCUUCCAUGGUGCGCCAUCCCACUGCCACCGUCGUCACUGUUGCUCGAGGCGGAGGGGCGUGCGUGUCGAGUCAAUCUUUCGCCCUUUUGUAGUCAACAGAGCCGACAAAAAACAACACAACAGGGGUGGAAGCGGAUGGCAGAUGGCGUGGGAGAACGAUGCACACCAGGGGGGUGGAGGGAAGAAGCACGGAGACCAUGGCCUCAGC